GCCAUGGAAGCCCUUCGCAAGUAUUUGAGCCAAGUGAAGGUUCCGUGCGCCAAUGAUAACGUCUAUAAAGAGGAGUGUGUUUAUUCGUUUGACAAUCCGGAAACGGACACCGGCUUGUACAUAAGUUUGAGCAGUUUCCUCGGAUACGGUGAAGAACAUGUCCGGGAGUACGCGAAUCACUCGGGCAAUCGGGUAUUUCUUCAUCUAAAACGCGACAAAUUCGAAAUUACGGAUGCGGCCACCGAUGGUACUGGCGCUGGUGGCGGAGCUGACGGUCCGGAGAAGAAAAUAACCCGUCUCGCAAUCGGUGUUGAAGGAGGAUACAAUGGAGCGGAAAACAAAAAGUAUGACUACAAAGAGCACUUCCAGGUGGUCGUCUUUGCAGAUCCUGUUGUACGGCUAGACUAUCCGAACGAUGACCUUCCUCUGCAGGUGCAGAAUGCAGUCGAUGCUGUCCUGAAAGCAGAAGCGGCUUCUGUCAAACGCGAGCGCGAGCAGUUGGCGGGUACGUGGGACGGAGAAAUUCGACAGGUAUCGUGCCACGCAGCCGAUCUGCAGCAGUUGGACAAUGGGAUAAAAAUUCCACCGACAGGCUGGAAAUGUGAAAAAUGCGACCUAUCGAACAACUUGUGGCUUAAUCUGACCGAUGGUUCUAUCAUGUGUGGUCGCAAAUUCUUCGACGGAUCUGGCGGUAACGAUCACGCUGUGAAUCACUACAAGGAUACGAACUACCCGUUGGCUGUGAAACUCGGCACCAUUACAGCCGAUGGUAAAGGUGAUGUGUACAGCUACAGCGAGGACGACAUGGUUGAGGAUCCCUUCCUUGUGAAGCACCUCGCCCAUUGGGGCAUCAACGUUGGGCAGCUAGAGAAGACGGAAAAAUCGAUGGUCGAGCUAGAGUUAGACCUUAACCAGCGAAUUGGCGAAUGGGGUAUUUUGUGCGAGAGUGGCAGCCAACUGAAACCAAUUGCUGGCCCAGGAUACACCGGAAUGAAGAACUUAGGCAAUACUUGUUACCUUAACAGCGUAAUGCAAGUUCUUUUCACCGUUCCGGAUUUUGCAAAGCGAUUUGUCGAUGGUUCAAAGGCAAUCUUUGAUAGUUUCCCGGCAGAUCCGGCUAAUGACUUCAACGUGCAAAUGGCCAAAUUAGGCACAGGACUUUGCAGCGGUAAGUACAGUGUCCUUUCGGAGAACAGUCUGGAUACUGCGGAUUCCAGUUGCGGUGGCAUCGCACCGACCAUGUUCAAGGCACUUAUCGGGCAGGGUCAUCCAGACUUCUCCACCAAACAGCAGCAAGAUGCGCAGGAGUUUUUCCUGCAUGUAAUCAGUUCGCUUGAAAAGCACAGCCGUCAUCAAGCUAAUCCAAGCGAAGCCCUUCGUUUCUGCAUUGAAGAUCGUGUGGAGUGCUGCUCUAGCGGAAAGGUGAUGUACAAUCGUCGCGACGAAUGGUGCCUGCCAUUGCAGAUCCCACUGCAAAAAGCGACAAAUCUCGACGAAGUGAAACAGUACGAGGCUGAACGGACGGCUGCCGAGCGUGAAGGUCGUCGUUUAGAUCCUGACAGCCUAGUACGUCCAAAGAUAACUCUUGCUGCUUGUCUCGACACAUUUGCUCAAGCCGAGUUAGUCGAACAGUUCUACAGCACUGCCAUACAAGCGAAAACAACAGCCAGAAAGACUACCAAGCUUGCAUCGAUGCCUGACUACUUGCUGUUACAUUUAAAGAAAUUCACUCUCAAGGAGGACUGGACUUCUCUCAAACUGGAUGUGGCCAUCGAUAUUCCGGAAGUGCUGGAUCUUGAGUCACUGCGAGGAACCGGCAAGCAGCCACAGGAGGAAGAACUUCCCGACAUCGCCGGUCGUGAACCAACUCCUCCUCCCAUGGAUCCGGCGGUGAUGGAACAGCUACUGGGCAUGGGCUUUCCGCCUGAGGCAUGCAAACGCGCCAUCUUCUUUACAAAGAACUCUGGCGCGGAAUUGGCGACUCAGUGGAUGAUGGAGCACAUUGCUGACGCUGACUUUAACACUCCGUUCGUUCCCCCGGGUACAGGCGGCAAGAGUGCAAACGCCACUGCUGCAUUUGUCCCUGAUCCAGAUGGACUGGAGAAACUCAUGGGCAUGGGCUUCACCGACCGACAGGCUUCGAAGGCCCUUAAGGAAACCGGCAACAAUACGGAGCGUGCAGUGGAUUGGAUAUUCUCUCACACCGACGAACUAGACAGCAUGGCGAUUGACGAUGCCACUUCUGAUAGCGUUGCCACGGCUGCUGCUGAGUCUGGAGCUGAGGCUACCGGCAAUAAACCAGGAUCUAUUUAUCGUGAUGGAACUGGAAAAUAUAAACUGGUUGCAUUCAUUUCCCACAUGGGAACUUCUGCACAGGUCGGUCAUUAUGUUUGUCAUAUCCUCAAGGAUGGCCAAUGGGUCAUCUUCAACGAUAAUAAGGUAGCGAUCUCGCAAAAUCCUCCUAAAGAGCUGGGCUAUUUAUACCUUUACCAGCGAGUGUAAACCGUCCGAUACUAGGGCGGAAAAGAUCUGGAUGGACACCAUAAGCCAGUCGCUCGUGACGUAUCCUCCAGACGGCUUUCUCUCUUUCUAGUGCUGCGUUC